CAUCACCACACCACGAAAUCCUGUCCUGUCGCGUGCCACUAUCAUCACGGCGUGCCAUCCCGGCGACACACGAUCACAGCUCGUCGUUGUCGCGUCGUUGCCGUGUCGCGACGUGAGGGCAAAGAGCGUUGAUCCCAUUGCGGUGCACGCACGUCAUCCACUUCGUCAUCCUCAUUCGCCCUCGAUCUCGUCCUCGCCCUCAUGUACCAGCGCGGCAACAACCACAACAACCACAACGGCGGCGGCGGCGGCGGCGGUGGCGGCGCACACUCGGCCGCGUCCCCAGCCUCCGGUGGGCCAUCUGCCCUCCCAGCCUUCUCUCAUCCUCAUUCGGGCAUCCGCACGCCGCCCAAUGGCCAGUCCCCUCACGUCUCACCUUAUGCGACGCCCGCGCCCCUGUAUGCACCUUCUCUGCCCUACUCGUACCCUACAAUACCCAGCAGCAUGAGCCGACAGAGCUCCGUGGGCGCAGGAGCAUGGAGUCCAGCCCCUGGGGGCCAACGCGCAUCUACCAGCUCAGCCGUCAAGUAUGAGGGCGGAGAGGGCGAUGAGGAUGAGGAUGAAGACGGGGAAGACGAAGACGAUGACGACGACGAUGAUGACGAUGAUGAGGACGACGACGGCGACUCGUCUGCCAUGAGCCCUUCCUCUCGCAAGCGCAAAAGAGAGAGCGAUGGGCGAGCUAGUGCAACACCGCACGCUGCUACGACCGUCGCCGACGCCGCAUCGGCCCACAAGAAGCCCAAGCCGCCGCGAGGAUCCAAGGCGUGCACACACUGUAGAAAGCUCAAGAUGCGCUGCACAGGCGGUGAAAAUGGACCUCCAUGCGAUCGCUGCCGGCAUUCGGGAUAUCAGUGCAUCUUCGAGGAGAGCAAUCGAGGCAAGAAAGCCGCAGCCAACGCGGCAGCAGCGGCGCAAGCAAAGGCCGAAAAGGCAGCUCAAGCCGCACUUGUUGCAAGUAACAAGGCCAGCGCCAGCAGCAGCGGCCACACGCAAGAAAACGAAAGCCUCAGCAGCGGCUUUCCGACAAAGACAAAAGGAAAGUCCAAGCAGUCGAACCAAGACCUCGCCCGCAGUCUGGAAAAGAUGGAGCAGACGCUCGAGAGCGUCCUCAAGACGAUUCGCGAUCCAACGCAUGCCAGUCAGCUGGGUCAUGCCAGCGGAAUGCUCACUCGUCCCUCAUCUCCAGAGGCAAGGAGCAAAGCGAGCGACUCGCACCGCCACCACGACGGAGCCCGACCAACGAGCAUCGCGCCAAGCCAACUCACAGCGCCGUCGUCAUUCGCGCCUCCUCAUCAACCAGUCUCUGCCCGCUACGCAUCCGUCGCCUCGGCGGCAACAGCUGGCGCGCCAAUCUCACCACCUGCGCCUCGUCAGCAGCAGUCUACCAGAAUAGGAGCUGUUGGCAGUAGCGGCGGCGGAGCCGGAGGACGAGGCGUGCGCACGACGAGUCCACGCCUGCAUUCGCUCCCUCCAGACAGCCUCAACCCUCUAGGCCUGCUCGCCGAGGCCAGCUUGGGCAAUCAGCUCGGAUCGGCAAGGCGCGCCAAGAGUAGCGGCGUAGAGAACGACGGAGAAGAGACUGGCAGGGAUGCGUCAGAGGCGGCGGCGGCGCCUUCGAGUCGGCAGGCUUCCAAGUCUGCUGGCCCGGCCGAGCGCGGCGCCAAAGACGGCUCUGGUGCUGCUACGACUCGCCCACGCAACGCACCCGCCCUCGGCGUUGCAUCUAAGACCUACUUCCGCCCAGGACCCAUGUCCAUGUUGCCCCUCCGCAAAGUCAUCAUCGACCGCGAGCUCCCUCCCGAGCUCCUCACUUCGGGCGUCGUGAGCGACACCGAGGUACUCGAUCUCUUCAGCAUCUUCUUCCACAACUGCGCUCAGCAUAUCAUCCUCCUCGACCCCGAGUGGCAUACGCCGCAGUUCGUGUGCGGGCGGUCGCCCUUCUUGUUCACGGUGAUUUUGGCCAUCGCCUCACGCUACUACGCCAGGCGGCCUGACUUGCACGCCCAAUGCCUGAGGCAGGCGACGAAAGAGGCCUUCAAUUGCUUGGAGCGCGGUUUCAAGUCGGUGGAAAUCGUGCAAGCCUUCUUGCUGCUGACGAUGUGGGGCCAGCCAGCGCGCCGCUUCGAGGAGGACAAGAGCUGGAUUUUUGCCGGCAUCGCAUUCCGAGUGGCUACCGACUUGAACCUGCAUCGCAAGAGCAUCGCUACCUUGCCUGGACAGGGCAACCUCGACGAUCCGGCCAUGAUCGAGAGGGAAAAGGAGAUACGCAACCGCGAACGCACAUGGAUCUUCUGCUUCGUCGUUGACCGCUCGCUCAGCAGUCAGAUGGGCAAGCCGAGCGUCAUCCGCGAAGACUUCAUCUUGCGCAAUACCCGAGCGUGGGCGCUCGGGCCGACUGCACAACCCGCAGACAUGGCUUUGAGCGCCAUUGUGGGCCUGCAGCGCUUGACAUCGCGACAGACUGACCUGCUCUACUCUUCAGUCACUUCGGUGACCGGCUUGAAUCAGGACCUCGACUUCUCAAGCAUGAUUCGCAUCUUCUCUGAGCAACUCGAGGAGUGGCGUCACUUCUGGACGAUGCGUGGCCUCGUCAUCGGUGACUGCCGCAACCGUCAGCCUCCCAUUCCAGCCAACGACGGCACGCUCAGCCCUCGCGAGAUUGAGCUGCGUCAGCUCUUCUCUCUGGCUAACCGCGAAACGCCCCCGCCAGACGACGGCGACCAUACGAUUCGAACGCUAUACUACCUCAUCCAGCAAGCCCCUCUGCGCUAUCACUACGCAGCAUUGACACUGCACUCAUUCGGCCUACAAUUCGGUAAUCAAAUUGACGACCGAGGCGUGCAGUUCAUACGCUGUUACGACUCCGCGAAAGGCAUUUUCUUUGCUGCUCGCGACGGCAUGCGCCCCAUCCUACGCUACGCCUCCGACACGCAGAUCCUCAUCAUCGCCUUCUCCCUCGUCUUCAUGCUCAAGCUCACCCGUCCGACAUUCUCCCGCUACGCCAAUACCGAGGAGAUCCUGCGCCUCGUCGAGGAGGGCGCCGACAUGCUUGAAGAGGUGGCGGCAAGCCCCCUGCACACGCCAGCGCUAUAUGGGCAUUUCCUCAGAGCGACGCUCGCUCAGGCCAAGGCGGACAUGGCAGCUCGUGCUGCGGGUGGCGGUGGGUCGGCUACGAAUGGCUACCCUAGCCGCGCAGGCAGCCCGACGCCUGGAGGUGGUGCUGGCGAGGAUGGCCCUUCGGUAGCAGCUGCCUUUGGUCUGCCGCAAGACCCAACUCUGGGCGGCAAUGGCGGGCCCGGGCCCGGCGGCGAUCCAAGCCUGGCUCCCAUGCCUACUGGGACGACGCGGCACAACUCGAUUAGCGACUCAGCCAUGGCCCAGGCUUUUGCGGCUGCGGCUCAACAGCAUGGUGGGAUCGGCAUCGGCGGUGCGAGUGGCAGCGCCUUUCCAUACCCCGGAUUCAGUGCCGCCCCAUUCCCCUCUUCAAACGCCUUCAACCCAAUGUCCUUCAUGUCUGGCGGGCAAGGAGCCAACGCGGGCACUCCAACUCUUGGUUCCAGUAGCGGAGGAUUUUCAGGCGGAAUGCCGUCGAUGACCAGCCAGCCGGCUGGUGCGGGAGCGCCAGCUCCCUCUCAUUCUGGCAGCAACGGCGGUGCUGGCGGCCAGCCCGACGCAGGCAGUCUGCUCCUCGACAAUGUCUGGUGGAAUCAGCUUGUGCCGGCGGGUCUCGGGGGUCCACUUGACGGUCUCAAUGGCGGCAUUGAUUUGCUGCAGCACGAGGCAGAGCACGGGGUGCUCGGGGGAGGGCAAGGUGGAGCACCAGCGAACACGGACGGCAGCGCUGAAGCCGAUGCAGCACCAGCCAAGCAGCCAGCGGAGGGCGGCGCCGAUGCCUCUCGCACACGCAGCGCUCCAGUAGAGGAAGGCAGCAUUGGUAAUGACGCCACCGCCGCCGCCGUCGCCGGCCCGGAUGGCCGUGAGCCUCGCACUCGCUCGUCCUCGACGACGAUGAUGAACAAGGGUUUUGGUGUUGGCACAGGUGUUACCCGUCCGAGUAGCCCUUCGAAUGCCAACGCAGGCGGUGGUGGAGCUGGGGUCCUCAAUCAGUUUGCGGGCAGCUUCCUCACAUUUGAUUUCAGCUAGAUGAGCGAACGCCCCUUAUCACACAAUCAAUCUAUCCUCAUCUCUCGCCAUCGCCUCCUUCAUCGUCGCCCUCCUUGCGCUCCUCCUCGUACAAAGUCUUUGGCUGAUUCGUCUGCCAUGCUGCCGUGAACUUCUUUUCUCCGCCGGCGUACUUGAGCAAAGCUUCACGUGGGUCUUCUCGCAGCAUCGCCACAUCCUCUGCUUGCGCCCGAUUUGGGUUGACUGCCGUGCCGAUUC